CAAGGUUGAAGUUGAGGGUUUGGUGUCAGAGGAGAUGGUGACAUUCAAGGAUGUGGCUGUGGUCUUCAGUGAAGAGGAGCUGGAGCUGCUGGACGCUGCCCAGAAGAAGCUGUACUGUGACGUGAUGCUGGAGAACUUCAGGAAUGUGGUGUCCCUGGGGCAUCAGAUCAUGACUCCAGAGGUUUCACUCCAGCUCAAGAAAGAAGACUUGCUUUCGAUGUUGACAAUGGUCAGUUGGAACUGUGAGUCUACAGGAGCCAGGAAUCUAAAUGAGGUGGAGUCACUUCAGGAGGCAGGAUGGAGGCACCUGCCACGGGAGGAGCUUUUCUGCUCACGAAUCUGGCAACAAGUUACAAGGGAGUUAACCCAGGGUCGAGACUGCAGGGGGAACACUGGAGGAACUGGCUCUGCGUUGGGGAAACAGGAUGCUGUCCAGAGCGAAGAAGCGGAGUUCAGUAAACUUUCCAGUCAGAAUUCAUUUCUUCAAGUUCACCAUGGAGAACGCCACGAAGAAGAGGCGUGUGAGAGAGAUGCUGAUUGCAGCCGCCGUCUUCGUGCUGCUCCAGGAGAGAAGCCCUCCAAGUGUGGAAACUGUGACAACACCUUCCCUCGGGGCUCCAGUCUUCAGCCCCAUCAGAGAGUCCGCAAGAGACACAGAUCGACCCAGUCUGAGGCACUGUUUGAAAAUCUCAGUCAAAGGCCACUAUUUCAGUAUCAUCAGAGCGUCCCCACCGAAGAAAACUCAAACGAAUGUGAGGAGUGUGGGACUCUUGGGAAAGACUCACAUGGUCCGACACCCCUGUUAGUCCACGCAGGAGGUGAGGCCUAUAAAUGUGAGGCGUGUGGGGCAAGCUUCAACCAAAGCUCGAAUCUUCAAGUCCAUCAGAGAGUCCACGCUGCAAAGAAGCCUUACAAGUGUGAAGAGCGUGGGAAGAGCUUCAGCUGGUUUUCACGGCUACGUGCCCGUCAUCGCAGCCACACUGGAGAGAAACCAUACAGAUGUGGCGCCUGUGGCAAGGGUUUUAGUUACAGCUCACACCUUAAUGUUCAUUGUAGAAUGCACACAGGAGAGAAGCCCUACAGGUGUGAAGAGCGUGGGAAGGGCUUCAGUGUAGGCUCACACCUCCAAGCUCGUCAGAUAAGCCACACCGGAGAGAAACCAUACCAAUGUGAGGAGUGUGGGAAGGGCUUCAGUGUAGGCUCACACCUCCAAGCUCGUCAGAUAAGCCACACCGGAGAGAAACCAUACCAAUGUGAGGAGUGUGGGAAGGGCUUCAGUGUAGGCUCACACCUCCAAGCUCGUCAGAUAAGCCACACCGGAGAGAAACCAUACCAAUGUGAGGAGUGUGGGAAGGGAUUCUGUCGGGCCUCCAAUCUUCUGGACCAUCAGCGAGGCCACACUGGAGAGAAGCCUUACCAAUGCGGUGCUUGUGGGAAGCACUUCAGUCGGAGUUCUGAUUUUAACAUCCAUAUUAGAGUCCACACGGGAGAGAAACCCUACGUAUGUGAGGAGUGUGGGAAGGCCUUCAGCCAGGCCUCAAACCUUCUGGCCCACCAGAGAGGCCACACUGGCGAGAAACCCUACAAAUGUAACACAUGUGGGAAGAGCUUCCGACGGAGUUCAGAUCUGAACGUUCAUUGUAGAAUCCACACAGGAGAGAAACCCUAUAAAUGUGAGAAGUGUGGGAAAGCCUUCAGUCAGUUUUCAAGUCUCCAAGUGCAUCAGAGAGUCCACACGGGAGAGAAACCGUAUCAGUGUGCAGAGUGUGGGAAGGGCUUCAGUGUAGAGUCACAGCUUCAAGCCCACCAGAGGUCCCACACUGGGGAAAGAUCCUAUCAAUGUGAGGAGUGUGGAAAAGGUUUCUGUCGGGCAUCCAAUUUUCUAGCUCACCGUGGAGUCCACACAGGAGAAAAACCAUUCCCAUGUGACGUGUGUGGAAAACGCUUCCGGCAGAGGUCCUACCUCCAAGACCACCACAGGGUCCACACUGGAGAGAAACCGUACAAGUGUGAGGAGUGUGGGAAAGUCUUCAGCUGGAGCUCAUACCUCAAAGCCCACCAGAGGGUCCACACUGGAGAGAAACCAUACAAGUGUGGGGUUUGUGGGAAAGGGUUCAGCUGGAGCUCAAGUCUCCUGGUUCACCAGCGAGCCCAUGCUGAGGAUGAAUGUGGUAAGGGCCUUUCUUCAUCAGAGGAUUCAUACAGGAAAUGAGCUCUACAAGCUUACGUUUUCGUAUUUCAAGAGGAUGCUGAACUCUCUGAUCUGAGCUGCCAAAGGGCACAGGAAAGUUAUCUCAUAAUUGGGAACGUAUAUUAGCUAGAGCUACAGUGGACUGUCACAGUUUUUGGGAGACCAGACAUGAGAGGAACUAGUCAGAAUGGAUCUUUGGUCAUUUCAUCCGGAACCUUGACCCUUAUCAGAUCCAUCCGUGCAGACAAGAUUCUCAGGAAAGAUGAACUUGGUCUGGAAUUAACUAGAAGCACAAGCCGGUUCAAUAGGAUUUAAACUCCAGUAGAUUGGAGACAUCAUUCACAGCCAAAUCUGACCCACGUUUCCAAUGCCUAACAUGCUGGGUGCUUUCUAGCUCCACAGGGUUUGUUAUGGGACUUGGUCUCAUGUACCCCAGGGAACUCUGAUCCUCCUGCCUCCACCUCCAUAGUGCUGAGAUCAUAGACAUGCACCACCACACCCAGCACUUAGCUAAUUGUUUACUGUGCCAGACCGGAUUUGUUGAAUUCCAAAUUCAAAUCCACAAGUCUUUUUUCCUUGGCUCGAAUCACCAUAUGUUAAUGAACAUGCAAUUACCAUUAAGUAUCACCAAGAAUGUGAGUGGGCGGAAAUUGCAGGGUAUAAUGUACCUGCCAGUCAGCUGUGUUGUGGUGGCAGUUGUUGUUAUUGCUUUGGACAUUUCCUCAACAUAAAAAUAAAUUAUUGCUACAACCCCGUGACCCGUUACCUGGGUAUUUAAGUUGUUAAAAUUCUGAGAUAGAAUAUCAACUCUACUUAACAUCUGUUGAGAUGUCACUAGGUCAGGUGUUAUGGCACAGGUUAGUGAUCUCAUGAUCUCAACACUUUAGAGGGAGUGACUGUAGGGAGUCAAGAGUUCCAAGACCAACCUCAGCUACAUAGGGAGAAUGGGGCCAGCCUGGGCUUACAUUAGAUCCUGUCCC